AUGUAUGAUUCAAAGGCAUCGCUAGAUGUUUUAUUCUUGGUUGAACUGGAUAUGAAAGACAAAAUCAUCGAUAUUAAAUUGUUGAGGAAGAAUCUUGUUGAAGGGGAGAAAGAGCUAUCAAAAAUGAAUGAAAAGAUUGAAGAAAAAGAUGUAAAGAAGAAAAGGUUUUUGUCUGUAAGUGUUCAAACAGAAGAUAUACCUAAAGAAUGUUCAUCAUUAAGAAACCAUAGUCUUCACUCGGAUGAGCAUCACAACAGCUCUUUCACUGAUAACCUUCAUGUCGACAACCUUCAUGUUGAGAAACCACAAAAUGAUGAUACUUAA